CAUUUUACCCAUUUCCUUCAAUGCCUCCAUAAAAGGCUAAAACCUCAUAAAUAUCACUUCCCCUGUUUCCCCAUCUACCUUUAAUAUAUAUAUAUAUACAAGUAUACAACCCUUGAAGCCCUACCUUUUUAUCCCACCUCUCUCCAUACCAAAACAGACAUACUAUUUCCACUUUCUAGUACAUUGUGGCCUUAAAAAUGGCUCUCCUCCUCCAUUUUGUUUUCCUCUGCAUUCUCCAUCACACCAAUGCUCAACCCUCCCCUGGGUAUUACCCAAGCUACAGGUUCAGAUCCAGGGGCUUCUACCAAGUGUUCAAUAACCUUUGGGGUCCUCAGCAUCAAUCAGUUUCCAGAGACCAAUCCUCAGUCACAAUAUGGCUCGAUAGAAAUUCAGGUAGCGGAUUCAAGUCGAACCGCCCGUUUCGAAAUGGUUACUUCGGCGCGUCGAUCAAGCUUCAGUCAGGCUACACUGCAGGAGUGAUCACAGCAUUCUACCUUUCGAACAAUCAAGUCCAUCCCGGGUACCACGACGAGGUCGACAUCGAGUUUCUCGGGACGACCCCGGGGAGGCCGUAUACGUUGCAGACGAAUGUCUACGUCAGGGGCAGCGGAGACGGCCGGAUCAUCGGCAGGGAGAUGAAGUUCCACUUGUGGUUCGAUCCCACCGCGGCUUUUCACAAUUACGCCAUACUAUGGAAUCAGAAUGAGAUCAUAUUCUUUGUCGACGACAUACCGAUACGGCGAUACCCGAGGAAGAGCGUGGGCACGUUCCCACUCCGUCCGAUGUGGCUGUACGCCUCCAUCUGGGACGCGUCGUCGUGGGCCACCGACGACGGCCGGUCCAAGGCCGACUACCGGUACCAGCCGUUCGUGGCGCAGUUCACCCGGUUCGCCGUCCGCGCCUGCUCCCCCUCCUCGCCGCCGCGGUGCCAUGCGCCGGGGGCGGGCGGCCGCGGCGGACUCACCGGCAGCCAAUUCGCCGCGAUGCGGUGGGCCCAAGCGCACUACAUGGUCUACAACUACUGCAGGGAUCCAAAGAGGGAUCAUUCACUGACUCCAGAGUGUUUUUAGCUGAGAAAAUUAAUUAAACUUGUGUCGUUUUAUUUGUGUAUUUUGUUUUAAGUUUGGGGAAAAAUUAGUACGAAAAUACGUAGGGAAAUUAAUACGUCGUGUGUACUGUUAUUGUUUGUUAUAAUUUAAUAAGUGAACGUUGAGUGAGUGAUGUGACAUAAAGGUUGUAUGGGGUCCAAUGUUUAACGUCUAUUUUUCUUGUGACUGAUUGGUCUA